CAUAUUCAUUUCAUGAGCCUGCAAUGAAUCUGUACAAAUCUGUACAAGCUUCCGCUCUUCGAGCGAGGUCAGUGGCAAUGUUAGUCAAUAUUAUGAUUUUCAGGAAGGUAGGUCAAUGUUUUCACUUCUUGUGCUGAAAAAAAAAACACGGGAACAAGGGUCCUUCGUCAAUGAAAGUGAUAACAAGAAAGUAGUACUUGUGUAAUGUGAACAUAAACAAUGAAUCCAAGAGGGGCUAAGGGAAUUGUGAGGCUUUUAUGGGGUAGACGUUCUCCUAAUGAUGACACCUCUAGCUCGAGUUUGACUGGAGAUGCUGGCCUGAGUUUGAUGCACCUUCGAAAACUUUUUAUGGAGUUUAUUCAUUCAUCAGUACCAUUAACGCUAAAAGAACAAGAAAAAAAACUUUACGCCAUGUUGCCUGUUUUCAAUAAUGUUUUUAUGAACUCUGAAGGCAGCGACAUGAGUGAACGUUUUGGCGAUGUCCUACAAUUUGCUGCCCAUACGUCACGUUUAAUGGUGAACGAAAUAAGGCGGCAUGCCGUAAACAAAUCGAACAACAACGCCAGCACUGCGAUAAUGAACUUCUUGAUUAAAAAGGCCGAUACCAAUACACAGUCUGGUUGGAAUCUUCUUCAAAGUUUGAGCAUUCUAGCGAAUGGGCAGAGCGCAGUAAUUUCUGACAUGAUUGCAACUCAGUUACCUUCAACCUUGGUUCAUUGUCUGUAUUUGUUUUUCGAAUUACCAAAACCCUGUGCAAACACAUCUAUAGAUGCUAGUGUUUUAGAGGAGUCGUACUUGACUGUUCAAAAGCUAUUUAUACAACUUCUUGUGCGACUUUGCAAUCAAAGUAUCACUGCACAAGAGCUUGUUAGGACAGAUGACCUGUUCAUUUUAUUUACUGCAAUGAGUGGCAAGUGUCUGCCACAUAAUACUGGCUGGCGAACUGGUAUAUGCGAAGUUUUGACUACUAUAACAAGAAGUGGUUUACAGUUGGAUGUCUGCAAGUAUAUCCAUGCAAAAUCCUGCAUUAGCCAUUGCAUAUCAAGUAUGCGCAGAAUUCAGACUGAAAACCCUUUAGACCUCGUGGAGAUGUUUGUCACUCUUUUUUGCAUUCUUCGUGACUCUACUACUAUCACCUCUAUUUUAAUGGAUGACUUUCGUUCUUGUCAUGGCUACCUUUUUCUGAAAGAUUAUCUUUUACUUCUUGGUCAAAUUGAUGACCACUCAGCUGCGGAUGCUUGUCGCAACAUGGUUAUAUGUGUCUCCAAUUUCACUAUGGUUGGAUUUAUCCCACUGAGACCAUCACGGAGUAUUGGAGCACCAUUUCAAGAUUCUGACUUCCAAAUACCAGAAGCUGCUGAAAAUGGAAAUACUGUGAGAAACGUUGAAGCUUUUAAUGUUUUACAAAGUGUUUUUAUAAAGAGUAAAGACAGUUUGUUAUGCCAACAUGUACUUGACUCAAUUCUACGUAUUUACACCUCCGAUCAUGUAAAUUACUUCAUAUUAGAGCCACAAAGGACAAUCUCUAAUUUCAUCGAGAAAGUGAACGAGAAAGAAGUUUUGAUUCAGGAAAAAGUGUUCAAACUGCUUGAGUUUGUUGCUUGCAACCUCAACUGGACGCCAUCACCCGAACUUAUAUCUAUGAGCAUUUUAUUCAAGAAUGCCAAUGUAAAUACUUCAUGGAUUUUUGCACUGGAAUGCCUCAUACAACUGGUGAAUUACAAGGAUCAGUACAAAAACGUAUUUCGUGAUGUUGGUUUAUUGGAAGUCCUCUCUAACUGUCUUGUGCACUACGCUCUUGCUUUGAAAAGUUCAACCGACGUAGCAGAUGAUAACCAUUCAGUUGCCAAGAACGCCAUGAAGAUUUUAAUGAAUGAAAGAAAAUCAAUUCCUAAAGAAAACGAUGUCACAAAGUUAGAGGAUUACCCCAUGUUACUUAUGGAAUGUCUUCGUAUCAUGAUCGAGAAGUGCUCGGACAAUAGCGUAAUGUUCCGAAAAUGCGGAGGAGCGUCAUGUGUUCAUAGUCUUGUACAAUAUGAGAGUGCUCGGACGCAAGCAUUAAAAAUUAUUCAAGUAUUAAUUUUAAAUCAAGGUCACGAUGACUUAAGAAAUCUAUUACGAUCCUUACGUGAAUCAACUGCAUCUUCUGUAUCCAUGAAGGUCCACCAGCUGCAUACAGUAAUCCAAGUGUUUGCUCUUGAGCCUACGAUAAGAACAAUGUUCCGUGACGUUGGUGGCUACAUAUACGUCAUGUCUGUACUCAUGAGCAUGGAGGGUUCUUUACAUCCUAAUCCUAGCGCUAAUUGGAAAGAUGUGAAAAAGUCAGACAUUUUGGAAAUGCUUCGUUUCGUGUUGUACGUUUUCACCAGUGCUAUGCAAGAUGAGCCGGCAAACAAGACGUUCUUCAUAGACAAGGUGGGUCAUAAAGGACUGGUAGAUAACUUGCGUUUACUUGGUUGUUUUGACAUCAACUAUACAACACUGACUACUGACAGAUCAGUUUCUCCAAAUGGUAUGAAAACUCGAUUGAAACGAACACAAUCAAGUAGAUCGUCCAUCUAUGUUGACCCAAAGGUACCUUGUUUCCAUCCUGAUUCAUCACUUUUUGCUGCUCUUCAUGUUUUUCAUUGUUUACUCGAUAUGGCCAUGGAUUCCUUCACCCUUAAAUUAAACACAUCAAUAACGGAUGAUACAGACAGUGCUCGAGUAUAUCCAUUGGAUGUCUCUUGUAUUUGUCAUCCCGUUGCUGUCACAGUGCUUGUGGAGUUACUUCCCUCUAUUGUCGAAACAGAGCAGGAUUUGUUGUUGCAUCAAAAUGGUGAUUAUCAGGAUGCAUUGGACCUUCAGCUCUAUGUUGCCAAUAAAGUUCAAUCUUGCCUUCGCUCCGAACGAAAUCAACAAGUCAUGUGCCAAGCGGGCCUUCCUCAACAAAUGCUGUUGCAUUGUCAAGCUGCUUUAGAAAUAGAAGAGCAUCCUUUACAUCUUCCUUUACAAAGAAUAUUUGAAAGGCUUGCAACACAAGCCCUCACUCCAGUUGUUCUCAGAGAUUUUUUAAGACUUGCCAAUCCACUCGAAUGUGCUGAAGUAGAAAUUACUCAAGUUACUAAACGUGGUGAGCAUCCACGUGUCAACGCUGUUGAUGGUGUCGACAACAAAAACAACGCUAAUGGCGUCAACAAAACUGUGUUACAACAAUCAACUAAUGUUCACAAACAAUCCUUGCUAAAAGAUUUUCAUGAAACUCUAUAUUUUUCUGGCGCCUGUUUGAGCGAAUCACGCUCGCGGGCUAGUUCUACUAAUAGUUCAUUGUCUGGUGGCGAAGAUGCAAAUGAUGGUAUCCAAGACAGAUCAUUAAGUUUUCUUAUUCCGAGACAAAGCAGACGAAGGAAAUCGAAAAAUAAGUCACAAUCCAAGUUCUAUACACCAUCUCCUAGUUCUUCACUUGACGAACUAAACAAUGUUCAUGGUUCGUGCUCAUCACCAGCUGACUCUACUGUGUCACCUGAACCAAACAUUAACACAUUGACGAUUGAUAGCUCAACGUCUGGGUUAUCUGCAGGUGAUUCAGUGCAAAGUCCAGUAAAUGUUGCAAACAUAGUUACGAGCUGUACAGUUGAUGAUGCAACAAAUGUUGAUAAAAACGACGACAAAUUGCGAAGCUGUGAAAUGAACACUGCCUCCACUACAUUUCUUCCUAAAACCGCAUCAAACAUAGAUGAAAGUUCUUCUCAUUGUGUUAUUAACCAACAACCAAGUACAUGUGAAUUAUCUACGGAAAUAGAAACCAAGUUAUGCAAUGGAGAAAUUUUGGAUAAUCAUUUACCAGAUACCGUGUUGUCUAAUGAUGAUACAUUAUCCAGUAAUGAACUGAAUGACACGACUUCAAAUACGUCAUUAGUUGAAAACAAGACGUCAGAGCAUAUAACCUUGGAUGAUUCUAAACAAGGCAAUUCCGUUAUAGAAAUUGCCACGCGUCAAGGAGGGGGUCCUGUGUCUUUGUCCCGCAUUAAAUGUCUGGUUUCAACUACCACACCACGGGACAUGCAUUUGUGUGGGACAACUACUCUACCCUCGUUUGUUGAGUUCAACAUGAGUCUUGAUGGCUUUGGAUGUCUUUAUUUUCCAUCAAUUACACCUCAUGCCUCACCAGAAACAGCUUUUGCAAAUUACAUGGCUGGCGUAUCGUCUGCAGUUAUGGGUUCUGUUCCAAGCUCAACUGCUGGUGAUCGUACAUUCCCUCCACAAGCUGGAAUGACGUUUCUCGCGUGGUUUUGCGUGGAGAGGUUUAGUUCUCCCCUGCAGGAUCCACAUCCUAUUCGACUGUUAGCAAUCUGCUUCCGUAGUAAAAUGAUAAAUGGCACUUAUAACGAAGAAACUUGCUUGAAUAUUAGAAUUUCUGCCUCGGAUAUAGAUCGAUCUCUUGUGAUAUCCACCGAGGAAGAGUUCUCGAACGUUUUAAAGGAAGAGGAUAGGAGAAAAACCAGAAAGAAAAAAUCUCGCAAUGAAGCAAGAUUUCCGCUCAGUGAUCGACUGCAAGAAGGCUACUGGCAUCAUGUAACUGCUACAUUGAAACCGUCAUUGAUGUCUAGGCACUGCACUGCUGCGGUGUAUCUGGAUGGAUCUUCAGUUGGACAAGCAAAGAUACGUUACAUUCCAAAUGUAUCAUUGAGUGUUGGAACAUACACUGCGUCAACAACUGAUGCGUACAUUGGAACCCGACGUUCACAACGACGAUGCUCGAAGCUCAUCUGGCAACUGGGUCCUUGUUAUUUAAUGGAGGAACCAUUAUUGCCAAUGGAAAUUUCUUGCAUACAUAAACUUGGACCGAGUUAUUCAGGGAGUUUUCAAGCUCCGAUUGUCAAGAAGAAUAACCACAGUGGAGAUCGCGAUGUUCUGGAACCUCUAGUAAACGAAGCGAACAUCGUCUUUGGUAUCAAUGCUCACGCCACUUCACGUGUUACUAUAAAUAAGUUGAAAAAACAUUUUUCGAAAAGUGAGAGUCGAGCUGUUGCUUUAAAGCUUGGCUUAUCGAAGAAGGAUAACUCAACCCCUUUUCGCUUAUUCCACAACACGGCUAGCCAUCUUCAAGGUCCAUCGCGAUGUCUUGGUGGCGUAAUAGUGGGAAUUUCAGGUGUUCGGACGUUCGUUCCCAGGCCGGUCGCAGAGUUGAUCAGCUACGUUGGUGGUACUACUACAUUACUUGGUCUUGUUGCCAUGGCAAAUGACGUUGAAAUGCUUUACGCCGCGGUGAAGGCUCUCUGUUGUGUUCUCAAGUAUAGUUUCUCUGCUAGAGAAGAUAUGGAAAGAAUCAAAGGAUAUCAGAUCCUUGCUUUGUUGUUCAAAAGAAAACAGUUCCUUUUGAACACGCACAUUCUCCAUCUAACCUUUGCUCUCGUUGGAACAGUGGAUAGCGAACGAGAAAUGGCUACAAUACCGAAUGAGAUUGCAUUUAAAGAUUUACUGUGUGAUUUUGAAGUAUGGACAAAGGCUCCCGAGAACCUACAGAAAUCCUUACUCAGUCAUUUUUUAGAGUUACUUAGUCAGUCAAGUCAACUGCCAUCAAACAUAUCGCUCAUGCAAGAUCUUGGCAUAGUCUCAAAACUUCUGUUUGUAUUGAAAGAUGAAAGCAUACCUAUUUCCACCAUUAACGUAACCUGUGACGUCAUUACUGCUGUUUUACGUCAUGGCAAUGAGAAACGUAAUAUUUGCUUUAUACUUCAAUUUGGUCAGUUUUUAACGUGGACGCUUUUACCCUCGGAUGAAAACGAAACUGAAAUUAAUAUGAGUCUACACGAGACUGAUCUUGUUGCAAGUGAUGGUAAAAUUCAAUCUGUUGAACAACGGCAGGCUAAAAGAAUCCUUCUGAGAAAUCAUUUGUUGGAAAUAUUUCUCACUCUUGUUGGAGCUGAUAAAAAAUCGAAUGCUCAUGAAAGAUUUUCCGAUGCCAUACACGAUAUUCUUGGUUUUGAUUGGAUCCUGCUGUUUAUGAAGGAUAAUACUCAUAGUUCGACAGUCGUGAGAGCUCUUAGACUACUUGUUACUAUCAUUUCUUCAAGUGACGCCUUGGAGAAAUUUAGAGAGGGAUCAAGUAACGGUGGAUGGCUGAAAGGAACUGAAGCUCUAAAAAUUAGACUUGUCCAUGUGGUUGGAGGUUUCAAUGUCAAAGCUAAAGCAAAUGAAGAAGACGUUUGUGAAGUAAAUAGAAAUGCUGUUAAUGUUCCUGGCUUUGUCACCUUAAAUCAACUGUUAUCUAAGCAUGUUUCAGUGCCAGAAAUAUAUCAUUUACUUAUAAGCUUGCUCCUUAAACACCCGGUUGCAGAUGUUAAAGCUGGCAUACAGUUUGAUUGGAAUAAUCUAUAUCAUGUAUUUUGGGUAACUAGCAACAGUAUGUCUAGCACCAGUCCUCCUCCUUCUCCUCACGGCCCAGAAAAACGCUCAAUAUACUGUCCUGAAGCUGCUUGUGUCUUAUUAAGUAUGGCUAGAAUGGUUUGUGGAAAGGAAUGGCAAAACAAUGGUGAACCCUCUUGGCUUGAAGAGUAUCCAGUUACUGUUGUACAAUUCCUGCAGUUUCUGUUCUACAAUGUAGAACAUUUCUCAUUAAUCUCAUCAAGUCAGGAUUUUAUUGAACAUUUAGUAGCUGUCGUUUUUCCUGAAAUAAAAAUGGUUCGUAUUUCUUCUACGAAGGACGAUUCAUCUCUUGAUAUACUGAGUAUGAGUCGUGGUACCGUUGUCUUAUGCAAUGAAGCUAAAGAGACUCUAAUAAAACACCCAGCAAAGAAAUUAGUGAUGGAUUUUUUACGAGUUCUCAUCACAGAUGCUUUGACUACUCCACCGUAUGCUACUACGCUUAUUGACACAAUCCUUGAGAGCGUUCCUCCAUCAAGUAAGAUACAUCAAACGCAAGAGUUUCAAACAGAAGUUCUCAACUCACAAAUGGACUACCUGCUUGCGGGAAAUCUGCUGUCAAAUCCGGGAAAAGUUUUGACGUGUAUUUGUAAUUUUGUUGCCAAAAUCGUGGACAAAUUAUGGCAAGAGUACUUUAUAUUGGGAUACAAGCCAAUCUUUAACUUCGUCAUAACCAUCAUUGAAUCAAGUAGAGGUCAUUCGAUAGCUAAAGAUGGUGCAUUUCACUCUCUCAAUCGUGUCAUUUUAUUUCAAUUAUCUCGAGCAUUAAAAGAGAAAAGUGAUUUUUCAGAUAUGCUGGAAUUUCUUCAUACUUUGACUAUAAAUCAACGUAUCGUGUUUUCUUCCAUCAAUAACAAUGCUGACUUUAUUGCCAGUCUAUGUUAUCAUCUUCUAAUUCUGACUGGAGCAAUCCUCCCCGAGCAUUCAAAUAACAUUGAACUGACAGACCCAGAUACAAUAACUGGACCAAAUGAUCUCAGUCAUAGUAGUGCAUUAUUGACUGCUGCUGCAGAACGAGUGUGGGAAAUUUUUAUUCAGAAUAAGAAAGACACCAUAGAAAAUGUUUUUAAAUUUGAAUUUCCCAAGUCUACUUUUGUUUUAUACAACUACGGUAUCGGUGGAAUGACUAACGUCCCAGACAAGAGUUUUAAGACAAUGAACUUGGAUCCUAAAUCCCUAGGGCCGAAGUUAUUAGAACCAGCGAAAAAAAUUUGGGAUGCUUUUAUUGUUUCUGAAAUCAAACAUAAAGGGGAAAGCCCCAAACCACAGAAACCACUUCGAAAUCGACGGACAGUAGGCAGGAAGGAGAAGGUUGUUGAUUCACCUUUAAAAGAUAACACAGAUGUUUUUACAAAUCAACAUAUUGAUCUGGUGAAGAAAUUAUUUUUACAUCAAAAUCGAAAUUUUCAUCAGAAUUGCAGGUUUAUUGAAAGAUCCUUAGACCAAAAGUGGGCGUCCAGAGAAUAUGAUCUAACUAGAGUACGUGGUCUCUGGGGUCCUCCUACGGACUCACGUCUAAACAAGUGGAUGCUUGAUAUGGUUGAAGGUCCAUAUCGUAUGAGAAAGAAAAUGUGCAAGAAUGACAGUUUUUACGACAACUAUUGUUUUAAUGUUGAGUCAGGACAGUCUGGAAGGCCCACAAAGUUCAAGGUUCCGAUGAGUUCUGAUAGCAGACUUUAUGCCAUGUUAUCGGAUCAAAAAAUUCGUGCGCUCGAAAUGAAGAAAGGAAACAAAUAUGAACGGUCUUUCAGUGAAUAUCAACCGUCUUCAGAAUUUAGUGAAGUCGAAAUGAAUGAAAAUAACGACAUGGAAGACCAAACUAUUUUGAAACUGUUAGAUGCAGGCGAAAAGAUCCGCUCAAUGUUCCGUUGCGCUCGAGUAGAAGGACUGGAUCACGCUGAAGGACUUUUCUUAUUUGGCCAAUCACAUUUCUAUGUUGUCGAUGGCGUAACGUUAUUGUCUACUAAAGAAAUCAAGGAUAUUGAAUCCUUACCAGCUGAUGCGCAUGAUCCGAUAAUUCCUAGAAGUUCUCACGAUUCCGGAAACUUAACAUUCAAAAAACUUUGCAGUACAUGGGCCUAUGAGGCUGUUCGCGAAGUUCAAAAACGUAGAUACAUAUUACAGGAUACUGCUCUUGAGGUUUUCUCCAACGAUGGACGAAAUCAUCUUUUGGUUUUUCCCAAAUCCGUUCGAGAUAAAGUUUACAACAAAAUGCUGUCGAUGAUACCAACAAGUCCUGUGGAUUCCGUUUCAGGACAGAAACCAGACACAGAAGUUGAAGCUCUUGGUAUUAUCAACGCAUUUAUGGGUGAACGUUCUGUAACACAAAGGUGGGAGAAAGGAGAGAUUUCAAACUUUCAGUAUUUAAUGUACUUGAAUACGAUUUCUGGCCGAUCAUACAACGAUUUGAUGCAAUAUCCCGUCUUCCCAUGGAUCAUUGCAGACUAUGACAGCGAGGAACUUGACCUUUACAAUCCAGCUACAUUUCGCGAUCUAUCGAAGCCCAUGGGUGCUCAGACGGAAGGAAGAAAGAAGGAUUUCGAGAAACGUUAUCGUGAGUGGGAUGACCCGUCUGGUGAGACCCCAGCCUAUCAUUAUGCCACCCACUAUUCCUCAGCAAUGGUCGUGGCCUCGUAUUUAGUCAGAAUGGAACCAUUCACGCAACAUUUCCUUCGUCUUCAGGGUGGUCAUUUUGAUCUUCCUGACCGCAUGUUUCAUGGAAUGAAGGACGCGUGGAUGUCUGCAUCUGAGACAAAUAUGGCAGAUGUGAAAGAGUUGAUACCAGAAUUCUUCUAUCUUCCUGAAUUCCUUGUAAAUGAUAAUAGAUUUGAUCUGGGGCAAAAACAAAAUGGUGUUAUUCUCGGAGAUGUUUUAUUACCUCCAUGGGCAAAAGGCGAUCCUCGAGAAUUUAUACGUCAACAUCGUAAAGCGCUCGAGUGUGAUUAUGUGAGCAGCAGGCUGCAUCUAUGGAUAGAUUUGAUAUUUGGAUACAAGCAGCGUGGCGAUGCGGCAAAAGAAGCUGUUAAUGUUUUUCAUCAUUGGUUUUAUGCUGACAGUGCAGAUAUAACUAAUAUUAACGAUCCUGUCAAACGAAAUGCGAAGAUAGGCUUUAUAAAUAAUUUUGGACAAACACCAAAACAACUCUUCAAGAAACCUCACGUGAGCAAAAAGGCUUUUCUUGUUCAAGAUCAAGAGCAAUCAGGUUCUUCAUUUGUUGUGCAUACUGAUAAAGUUUUCAAUAACUUUACAAAGAUGAUGCCAAGUACACAACCAAUAAAAGAAAUCAACGGACCUGUCGGUGAAAUUAUUCAGACAGACAAAGGAAUUAAUGCACUGAAAAAAAAUUACGCAAUAUUCCCUCAUCCUUCCAAUCAAUAUGCAUCAUGGGGCUUUGGUGAUCUCAGUUUAAGAAUUGGUCUACUGGAUGGAGAUAAAGUUAUUGCCGUUAUGGAAGAUUGCCAAGUUGGUCAGAUUCUUUGUGCUGCUUGCCCAGAUUCAAGAACUCUUAUUACAGGAGGAAAAAAUACGUUGGUUUAUGUGUGGAUUGUUGAUCGUGAAAAUAAAGACAAAAGACCUCAGAUGACCAUACAUGAGAUUUUAUACGGUCAUCUUCAACCUGUCACGUGUCUUGCAGUAUCUAGCUCUUAUAAUCUUAUUGUCAGCGGCUCUGAGGAUAUGACUUGUAUUAUAUGGGACUUGAACAAACUGACAUAUGUUCGACAACUACGUGGACAUGUCUCACCUGUUUCAACUAUUUCAAUAAACGAUUUGACCGGAGAUAUUGUUACUUGUGCGGGCACAUAUUUGUAUUUAUGGUCUGUUAAUGGUGCACUAAUUGUCGAGGAAAAUACUUCACUGAGACCUACAAAUCCAAUAUAUUGCUGCCUGAUGUCUGAGUUAUCUGAUUGGGACGAAGAUGUAAUAUUAACAGGCGAUCAUGAUGGUGUUGUGAAGAUGUGGGCUGUUGAAUUUUACGAUGAGAAUGCAAAACCAUUCAGAACAAGAGAUGUUAGUGAUGAUGACGGAAUUGAGACAUCUACUGGUGAUGAUAGUUGUAACACACAAUCACAAGAUAAUAAAUCAUCUUCAGAAGAUUAUGUAAUUAUCAAUGACAUGGAACAAAAACCAGUUGCGAAACCUGUCGAGCAAGCUGUGUGGAAAAGGAGACUGGUGAUGAGAUCCCAGUUAACAAUGCAUACAGCAUUUGGUCGUGAGGACAAUUGUUCGCCAGCAGCAGUUACUGCCAUACUUGUAUCCAGAGACCAUAGGAAACUGUAUGUUGGAGAUGCGCGGGGUCGUGUCUACAGUUGGUCAAUCGGUGAUGCAGCAGGCCGCAUCGCUGAUCAUUGGGAGCGAGAUGAGAGCAUUUUGUACUGUACAGCUUGUCAUGUCAAGUUUAGCGCAGUCAGAGAAAGACGACAUCAUUGUCGCGAUUGUGGGAGAUUGUUUUGCUCCAAAUGCAGUGAUUAUCAAUCACGUGUUCUCCGUUUGAACAUCAAGACUCCAGUAAGGGUUUGUUUUUCAUGUUAUACAAAACUUAAUGUUCCUUCUUCUUCAAAAUCGAAAAGGUGACAGCGAACAUCAACUUGAUGGUAUGAAAAUGUCAAUCUCACUUUGUGAGACAACGUUUGUUGAUCAACGUGUGAAUCAAGACGAGUGAAUGAGGUCAAUUUAAAACUUUGACACGUUAUAUGACAAGAUCAUUUUAAUUCUCUAAAAUGCUUUUAGUACAAAUGAAAUGGAAAUAUUACUUUGGAGUUAAAUUAUAAAGUCAUUUUAAUGCAUUUUUA